UGGCGCCUCCUGAGAGCGGCUGCGCGUCGCUUCUUCGGAGGCUUUUCCUCGCUUGAGGCGUUGCCGGCUUCAGAGAGCGGUUGCUGCGCUGGACGGAGAUCAAUAGAAUAGGAGUGGGAAGCUGGCAGGUCCUUGGUGUGGUGGCUGCGGAGUGGACGCCUUGUGAAGAUGAACCCCAAUACUCCUUUCAGCGGACAGCAGCCUGGACCGUUCCAAGUACCAUCUAGGAAUUCUGGAAUGAUUCAGAUUCAGCCACCGCUCCAGUUUGGUCAGCUCUCUCUUUUUGGACCAAACAGUGGAGGAGUGGCAAAGAAUCCAGGCUUUCCACACUCAUCUGACUUCACAAGAACUUCAGAACUACGUGGCCCUUCAAGUCAAACUCUAGGAUUUGGGCAGCCAUUGGGAUUUACACCAUCGUAUCCUUUUGGGCACGCUCCGUCCUUUGUGGGUGCUUCCACACCAACCAGCUCUUCUGUUGCUAGCAAGCAAGGAUUCAGUUUUAAACCACCUACAAAUCUUGGGACUUCUCAGACUUCUAAGUUUGGAGAUACGUCUGGAGAAACUUCAGGCAGAGUCUUUGCAGGACCAGAAUUUAGCUUCAAAACGCCUGAGAAUGCGGUGUUCAAGCCUAUCUUUGGCAUGGGUUCAGAACCCCAGAAAACACAAAAUCAAAUAAUCCCACCUCUGUUCCCAUUUUCCUUUCCAGGGGGUAGUAUGUCUGGAAGAUGUCUUCCCUUUGGCAUUUCUCAGGAAAACAACAGUUCAAGCGGUAUUAUGCCUAUGAGCUUUACAAAACCAGUAAGCAGUAGUACUUUAACAGCUCCCUUCACUGCUUCUUUACCAAGCAAGACUGUAGAGAAUGAUAAAAAAGGGCUUAUACAUCCCUUGGCGACUCCUAGUACCAGUAUUGCUACUUUUUCUUUCCCAUCUAGUGGGUCAAGCAGACCUGAACACGAAGUAUUGCUAGCUCCAAGUGAGCCUGUUCUUGAGAAGGGAGCAAAAAGAAAGGAAGAGCAAGACAAUUCCCCAAGGAAACGUGAUUAUGAUACUCUAGAUGAGCCAGAGCUUCAGUCAAGAAGUGAUCAUUCUUCCAAUAAGCGUCCAGUCAGGCUGACUCGGCCUCGUGCAGGGGGCCUCUUCAGCAUUACAUUGCAAAAUGUUCUGAAAAGCAAUAAAGACAGUGGCCGUCCUAAGAAAGAGUCCAAAAUGGAGAGAGUCACUGUAGAAUCUGGAGAGCUGGAACAGAUGAGCGUAGCAGGGGGAAGUCAGUCUGGUUUGCCACUGGCGAGGUCAUCCAUGUUACCAAAAGAGGAUGAAAAUAAAGGAAAACUGAAGGAAGGUUCUUUAGUCUCAAAUCUCGGGCGUCGAAAUCGAAAUAGUGGGAGCACAGAAAGCUUUGGGAGCUCGCCCGCAAGUGAACUAACAGCCAUCCAGUGCAAAAAUAUUCCUGAUUAUCUAAAUGACAGAACUGUUCUUGAGAAUCACUUUAAGAAGUUUGUUAAAAUCCAACGUAUCCAUACCAACAGGAAAAAAAAGCUGGCAGUUGUUCAUUGUUUUGAUCACGCAUCUGCUGCUUUGGCUAGAAAGAAAGCCAAAGAGCUGUACAAAGACAUAGUGACAUUCUGGCAUAAGAAGAAACCGAGUCCUAAUAAGAGAGAAUAUCCAUCCAAGGAGCAGGUGGGAGAUGGAAGUGAAGGGAGGCAAAAAGCCGACCAGCCGAGUCAUCAGCAUUCCCCACUUUGCAAAUCCUUAAUUCGAUCCGCGGCUGGUGGAAACCUUCUGAGCAAAAGUUCUCCAGCUAAGAAGCCUGGUCUUAAAAAGUCUCUGCAGUUUGAGGCGGACACCUUUGAUUCUGGGUCUGAAAGUCACGGUUUAGAGCAUUUGGAAGCAUCCGCCUCGUCUCUCAGUAACCUGAUAGGCAUGGUGGCAGAGUCUUCUGAAGACAAAUACCACGUUCUGGACCAGAGAGAUAAAAUCAUGCGGCAAGCUCGAGUGAAACGAACAGAUCUUGCCCAGACCUUUAUUGGCACAUGCCCAGACAUGUGCCCAGAGAAAGAACGAUACAUGAGAGAGACAAGGAACCAGCUCAGUAUCUUUGAAGUGAUUCCAGGAACUGACAAGGUUGACCACGCAGCUGCGAUCAAGGAGUACAGCAGGUCUUCAGCUGACCAGGAGGAGCCGUUGCCGCACGAGCUGAGGCCUUUGGAUGCGUUGAGUAUGACCAUGGAUUACUUAGUCACUCGAAUCAUGGACAAAGGAGAAGGGAACCUUCGGGAGUGGUACGACUUUGUAUGGAACAGAACUCGUGGGAUAAGGAAGGAUAUAACCCAGCAGCAUCUCUGCAGUCCUCUGACGGUUUCCCUGAUUGAAAAAUGCACUCGUUUCCAUAUCCACUGCUCCCACCAUAUGUGUGAAGAGCCCAUGUCCUCUUUUGAUGCUAAAAUCAACAAUGAGAACAUGACAAAGUGCCUCCAGAGCCUGAAGGAGCUGUAUCAGGACCUUGCCAACAAAGAGAUUUACUGCAAGAAUGAAGCAGAGUUCAGGGGAUAUAAUGUCCUCCUGAACCUCAACAAAGGAGAUAUUCUCAGAGAAGUCCAACAGUUUCGUCCAGAAGUGCGAAACUCCAGUGAAGUUAGAUUUGCAGUUCAAGCUUUUGCUGCAUUAAAUAGCAAUAAUUUUGUGAGGUUUUUCAAAUGUGUGAAAACAGCUUCUUACUUGAACGCAUGCUUACUACAUUGCUAUUUCAGCCAGAUUCGUAGAGAUGCUCUGAAAUCUCUCAAUAUUGCUUACACGGUAAACGCUCAGAGGUCCACCAUCUUUCCACUGGAUAACGUGGUUCGCAUGUUACUGUUCAGGGAUUCUGAAAGUGCAAGUGAUUUCAUCAGUUAUUAUGGCUUAAGUGUGUCCGAUGGUUUUGUGGAGCUGAAUCGUUCCGCCUUUUUGGAACCAGAAAACUUCCCUAAGCCAAAAAAGUCACCAUUUGUUAGCCAGAAGCUAACUGGGCUGGUUGGGGAAAUUGUCUGCGGGGGACCCCUGCCUCCCGUGACUUGCCACGUCCCCGUGUGCAGCUUCAAUGGGCAAAAUAAAUACACUGGGGAGAGUGCUGCCGUGGACUCAGCCAGCAGUAGUCAGAAAGCCCACACUGAUGUCUCAGAAACAAGAACAGAAAGGGGUGAUACGGACUCGGAGUCACUUCAGGUUCCCCCUCCGCUGUUGGUUUUACCCCUCCAGCCAGCACCCUUGCCUUCUGCUGCCAUCUCUACCUUUCAACCUGUUCCACAGCCGUUGCCUCCCCCUCCAAAACCUCAGCCUGCUUAUUGUGACACGGACAUCUUGGAAAUAGUGGAAGAGCUCGUGCGUGAUGUGCUGGAGGCAGAAUGCAGAGAAGUCAGCAGUGCAGGAGCGGCCUACGUGCAUUCCGCUAUAAGCAUCUCUGAGUCUACUACAGAUGAGCUCAUAACAGAAGUGAUGCUAGAAACGCUGAGGCAAAUUGCUUCCAGUACCUUCAAUGCAGAAAGGGAGAGAUUUGAAGAGGAAAAACGGCGGGCUGAAGAAGAGAGACGAAAGAAAGAAAGAGAACGGCUUAUGACCAUGUUGAGCCAGUCUUUGGGUGCAGAACUCUCAGAAGAAGUAGUAAGGGAAAUUGCGGGAGAGAUUUCAGCUAAAGAGUUAAAGAGCGCUGUGGAAGAAGACCGAAGAGCACGUGUUGCCCGCUGUUCAAAGGAAGUCUGUGCCGAAAUAGUGGGUGUGUUUCUGGAAGAUGAGAUUUUCCACUGUGCUAAGGAAACACUGCAAGAGCUCCAGUGCUUCUGCAAAUACUUACAGCGGUGGAGAGAAGCUGUGGCAGCCCGAAAGAAACUGAAGCGUCAGAUGAGAGCAUUCCCGGCAGCGCCGUGCUGUGUCGAUCCCCAAAACAGACUGAAGGCCCUGUCGCCCAGUGCAGAGUGUCCCAUUGCCAGAGAGAACCUGGUGAAAGGAAUUGUAAACCUGGGUCAUGCAGGAAGACUUGGCACCUCUUGUUGUAGAUUAGCCCGGCUACGACAGAAGAUGAACCACCAAAUGAAAGUGCAGUAUUUUUAUCAGCAGUUAUUAUGUGAUGCAGUGUGGACUCCGCUGGAUCUGCCGUCCUUGGUUGCUGAAAAUAUUCCCAUGCAAGAAGAAAAAAUCUUUUGGAAGGUGCUUUUGGUGCUGCCAACAUACGAGGAAUUCCCAGUGGAGGAUCCCAGCAGAAUUCUAGCAGAUUGGUUGAAAGCUAAAUUCACGAUUGAUAACAAUGUAAAGGAUACUGCAUCUACAGAGAAUGAUUUAUUCCAGACGCUUGCGUUACAUACCUCUCUUCAUGUGCAAGAGGAUCAAGCUGUUUGUGUUAAUGUGUGUGUAAAGGUGACCCAUGGAACACUCAGCCUCCCAGAGCUUGAUGAUGCGGAGGCUCAGAAAGAGCUGCUGGGCACCCGAGGCCUUAUUCUCCUGCUGCCUCCUCGGCUGAGAAGUGAGGACGUUUCCGAGGAAGAUGUUUAUUGGCUUUCAGCCUUGCUUCAGUUGAAACGGCUGCUUCAGGCAAAGCCUUUCCAUCCGUUAGUCCCUCUGGUGGUUUUUGUUCCAAACCAGGGAGAAGAAACCCUCAGAAAAGAAGCAGAAGAAGGGUUGAUGCUGCCGGAUUUGAUUUCAGCGAACCUCAUUUCAGACUACAUUAUUGUUGAAAUGCCAGAUUCUGUAAGUGACUUGCAAGGCACCAGCAAGUUGACUGAAGCAGUGCAGUGGCUGGUUUCUCAGUGCCCCGGUUCCCUCGAACUCUGCUGCCAGACGCUCCUGCAGUAUAUCGAAGAUGGCAUUGAUCGAGAGUUCAGCCAUCAUUUCUACGAAGACAGGAAGGAAAGGCUCUUGGCCAGCUUGCCCUCCCAAGAUCCCAGCGCCAUCAUAGAGCUGUACAACAGCGUGGUACAAUUCCUGGCUGAAGUUGCAUCUUCGGAAGAGCUCUGUGAACUGUCGUGGCCUGUAACUGAGUUUGCAGAGCCCGGGGGCAGCAGAGGGCUUCCCCAUCUGCAAUGGAACACGCCCAGCCACUUGGCUUGGUUGAAGAAAGCGUUGCUGUCUUUCCAGAUCCCACAGAUGGAUCUCCCUCCUUUGGGCGCUCCCUGGCGCCUGGUCUGCACCAUGAUUCUCCAGUAUCUGUCCCAGACUGCCAGUUCUCCCCAGACCCAGGCGAUACUUCAGUCUCAAGUAGAGAGUUUGCUGAGCAAAGUGUACUUCAAGUGGAGGGGCAGGGUGCACGCCAGCUCGGAAGACGAUGGCCCUUCGGUGGAAGAGAUCCCCUGGGACAGUAUUCUGGAGCUCUGCAUUAAUCAUAAACUGAGAGACUGGAAACCGCCUCGCUUGCCAGUAGCACCAGAAGCAGUGAGCAAAGAUGGGCAAGUGUGUGUGUAUUUUUUAAAGGAGCACUUGCAAAAAUUCAUCCCUCCAUCUUUAUGGGAAGAAGCUCAAUUGAAAACUCAGAAAGAAGUCCAGCAAAGUCAGGGAAGGUCCAAGAUAAAGUCUCAGACUGUUCCACGGCUAUAUUCUCAUCCAUUUUAUCCUGAAAAAUACGAUGCCAGCGUGAGAAAUGCGAGUGAUGAGGAGCUGCACGUUUCUUCGGGAACAGAUCUCACACUGACGGUUUCAUAUCUGGAUCGACUCCCCGAGCGCCUGUCCGCCAAGCUGCAGUUGGAAAAAAAUGAGAGCAAGAGGUUUGAUGAGCAGUUGCAGCAGUUCUUGGUGAAUGACUCCGAGCCCGUCUGGGACCCACAGUCUCUUCCUCUUUACCUUCCCGAGGCUCUGGUGUCCGUGCCUCAGAUUAUCCCCUCAGUGGUGAAAACCCCUGUGUCAAGAAGCCCAGAGGCUGGCACCCAGAUGCUGAAGGACACAGAUGACUCCUCCCUGGCGCACAGACUUUCCUAUUUGAAACACCUGAUCAGAGCCAGCAAAGAGGAGGAAGUGGCUUGCGAAUUCCACUUGUCUACUGUGCUGGAUAUGACCAAUGCCUGAUCAAAGACCAGCCUAAGUGGGUGGAGCAUGAGACCUCACAGUGGACAGCAAAGCCAGAUGAGCUGGGUGUGACAGCAGAGAGAGGCUUUUGUGCCCCGUCUCUCAGCUGGAAAACCGAAUGCCCAGUUGGAGCUGAGUGAUACUUUACAUGGAGCUUAGCUUUAGCAUGAUCUUGCGUGCAGAAUGGGGCAGUGAAAAACAGCUUGAGCGAGUUGUCCUCUCCCUUUUAUCUGAUUAUAUAAUACUGGGUUUUUAAUUGUUUUUUUAAAUACAUGGAUUUAUUUUGUAAUAUGAAUUGCAUCUGGUUGACUUAAAUACACAAGAAUAUAAAUAUUCGUUAAUGAAAUAAUACAGAAAAACUAGCAAAAUCAAGACAGAGAAUACACCACACCUCUAUGGUUCUCUUCUCCAUACGUUGACUCACAAAAGUUUGUAUAAUACUGUUGGAAUUUUCCUGAUAAUCAAGCCAAAUAGGUCUUCAGGUUGUUUGCUCUUAUUUUUCUCUGACACAUGUCCUUGGAAGGAAGUGGCAUCAAACUCAGUGGGACUUCUAAGUAAAUCUGAAGAUGGGCUUCAGUGUUCGUGCUAGCGCAUGCCUUUGAAGAGUGCCUCUAUGAAAAAUCGAGUGACUCAUCUGGCCCCUGAAUUGAUUGGCUGUUGCCGAACAGUCAAAAUCUUUCUGCUUUCAUGCACCUGACUUUAAGGCUUAUUUUUAACUUUAAUUUUCUGUAGCAAUGUGGUGGUGGUUUUUUUUUUUUUUUAAAUGCAGGGAUUUGUAAGUGUCCGGCUUAGAGAUCAACUUGCUUUUUGUUCAUGAAGUGAGCUGCAUCCAAGUAUGUAGAAUUGAUUCAGCUGGUGAUCUAGCCAAGGGAUCGGCACAUAUUCCUAUGCAGAGGGGGUUUCCAUGCCUAAAUUUGGAUGAUUAGUGGCUUUGUCUCAAAGAUAUUAUAGUAACCUUUGUUCUGGCAAGUGGGAGAUGAAAACAAGUCCCUCGUGCAGCGUAUUACAGAUCUAACGUUCUCAUGAGAGAUGUCUUAGGAACAGGGAAGGCAUUUCCUUUUCUCCAGAAUUCUGAGGCAUUUGAAGUUCUGAAAGGUUCCCGUUUAAAAAGAAAAAUUCAAUCUUCAUGGAGAAA